AUGGUUGCAGCUAGAUUGGCCUUUCCAAUACUAACUAUUGCGGCUAUCAUAACAACGUUGGUUUUUGAAUCUCUUAGCCUCUUUUCGCCAUGGCGUUCACCCAGAAAUAUUAUAUCAGUCGUGUAUUUGGUGUUUGCAGUCAUAGCUGCUGCUUUACAUUUCCGACUAGCUUAUUCCAUGUUUGGAAAAGGCUUUGAUACGGAAACGUACGCAAUUGAUAAAGAAGAAUCGGAUAAAAUUGAUAACGUUAUACUAAGACGUCAAUAUCAAGCAAAUGUUGGCCACCCUGAGUACAUUGUUACAUAUGGACAGAAUGAUAGCGAAAGUGGCUAUAUACCAAAUCAGGAAGGCAUCGAUUCUAAUCUUGUCAUUCAUCUAGGAGAUGCUAUUUAUCGAUAUGAACGUAAUGCAAGUAAAGAAACUAUGAGCCUUGGCUCUUUGUCUAACGCAAACGUAGAGGAUCGACGAAGCUACGUUAGUGGACCAAUGGUAGCAUAUUCCAAUAGUAGUCUCAACUUAAUAGGUUCACAAAGCCGGCCAAAUGUUAAAAAUAAGAUUCAAUCUGUAAGUAAUACUAGCUUGCGUACAGCUGAUAGUUUGGCUAGUUCACAAUCAUCCUUUUUUGGCCGAUCAAAUGGAGCUGUUACUGAAGCAGUAGUGGUAUGCGAGUACAACGGGCUUCAGAAAAAUGCGACUUCGAAUAGUAUUGACAGAUCUGAUCAAAGGAAAGCUCAGUCAAGUGGAGAAGCAGCUACUGCAAACAAAAAUAAAAGACAAUCUAGUAAACUCAACAAUCAACGUGAAAAUAUACCAAAGAACAAUACUAAUAAUGAAGGUGUGCGUGUUAUUUCUAAUAAAGUGCAAAAUCAAGAAAGAAAUACCGCGGUAAGCGAGGUAGCGACUUCUAAUUAUGCUGUAUGCCAUUCCAGAGGCAGUCUGAAUGCAUUGGGCAGCAAAGAUAGCUUAGUAGACCAAGUCGAAAAACAGCGCACAUCGAGCCGUGAUGGUACAUUAGAAUUUCAAGGUGUACGGAAAGCCAAUAGUAAGAGUAGCUUAGUGGAUCAGUGGCGAUCAGGUAAUAGCAGUGAAAGCUUGCAUUCCACUAAGAGGCGUGCUAGUCGUGAUAGCAAUGCUAGCAACCACCUCGUCACUAGCGACGGUGUUGGUUAUAAUCAGGGACAAGCAAUUACAAAUACGCUGUCGACAAACGAUCAAGCAGCUAUUUAUGAACCUUUAAUGAGUACUCCCAUAAGUGACAAUAGUAACGUACCGUUGAGCGAAUACCCUGAUCAUAAUAUGAAGAAAUUUAGUGACUUUAUAAACCAGGGAAAGUAUAAUACUCAACCGAGCUCAACUAACAAUCCCAGUAGCUCCAAUCAACCAGAAAUAACUCAGCCUGUGAAUGUAGUAGCUUCAACUUCAAAACCAGUCGAAAGUGUUAUUAAUGCUCAGCACAGAGACAAAAAUGAACGACCACUUUCUGCUGACGUUGUUAACUUAAGACAUGAUGCAAAGCAAAAGCAAGGAAAUGUUGUAAUUGCACCUAGUAUUGGUGUUGGCCAGCAACCCCGAGCAUCCGAUACUUAUUCAGUGGUAUCAAAUGCGAGCUUAGAGAUGCCUUGGCUAGGAAACGGAGGUGGUCAACGCGACAGCAUUUAUUGCAAUCCUGAUACUGCAACAUUACGUAAUGCUAGAGAUAGAUUUAAAUUAGCCGAUAGAUUGUAUAAUGAUUUGAAAAAGAUGCACAAAAUUGAAGAAGAUGCAGUUAUUGCGGUUAUCAAAGAGUACAAAGAUAUUAUCCCUGUGUUAGGCGAAAAACAUCAAAAUCUCCGUGGCAAGGUCUAUUGUAGAAUCGCAAGGGUCUACUACAACUAUUUAAAGAAAGAAGAAAUCGCUGGUAAAUAUGCGCAGAACUCGUUGCAGUUGGCACCUGAGAAUAGUCAAUCUGAAGUAUGGUAUAAAGAAGCCCAAGAUAUUCUACGUAAAGUUAAGCGUAAGGAAGAAUGGCAAGACAGCAUUAAAAGGAACCGAUUAAGUAAAUUAAGCGAUACCGCCGAUACGAAGUAUUAUUAUACGUCAUAG